UCCAUCCCAAUGACGAGUGGUUAUUAACAACGGUCCUCCCUGCGAAACCCUUAACACUGCCCCUCGGCUUCCCUAGCAGCAGGAGGCGAGCCCUCAUUCGCGGAGCUGGCGCCUCCCCGCCCCCUCCCCACUACUCUUCGCUCUGGAAAUUACAACUCCUGCGCGCGCUGCGCGGGCAAGCGGCGACGGCGGCGGCGGCGGCGGCAGCGGCUGGGAGGCUGGGAAGGGAUUCCCGAGCCCGCCUGGCCCUCGCCCUCCGCCCGCCCGCCCACCGGCUGCAGCGUCGCGCGGCCAAGGUCAGAGGCGCCGCAGGAACAGCAGCUGCUAACCAGGGAAGUGGGUCAAUCCUGGCCGCAGGAAGAAAGCCCCAGGGCGCAGCCGUCCCGCGCUCGCAGCUGAAGGCGAAGAGGGCGGUCUUUGGGCCGGUCGGGCUCCGCUCUGGUGGCCGCGGCCGCAGCGACCCAGCGAGUGGAGGCCCAGUUGUCCACAAGCUGUGAGCUUCCGCCCAAGCUGCUGCUCCGGGCGCUGUCCGCCGCCUCGUGGUGCUGAACCCAACGCACAGCAGAGCCUGCGCACCUGCCGGCUCACCUGCCGAUCGCCCGGAUAGGGGGCGGGGCGGGAAAAGGUAGUCUUGGGGCAGACGCCCUCCGCAUCUGAGGGCUGGAAACCGAGAGCCAGCGGAUAGGAGCCCGGCCGCUGGUCCUGGUGUUAAGACGAGGCGCGCCGCAGUCGGCCGCGGCGCCAGUGCUGAUUCAUCACCUGGAGCGCCUUGCAGGCCACCGCCAGGGCAACCGACAGGCCCCGGACUCCGGCCGCAGGUUGAAGCCGCAGGUGCAGGAGCCUCGCGAACAGGAGAGCUCCGGCCUGUUUCCCCUGGAGCCCCGAGGAGCUCGGGCUGCCGGCGCCGCCAUGGAGGAGGAGCUGAAGUGUCCCGUGUGCGGCUCUCUGUUUCGGGAACCCAUCAUCCUGCCCUGUUCCCACAACGUCUGCCUGCCUUGCGCUCGCACCAUUGCGGUACAGACCCCGGACGGCGAGCAGCACCUGCCCCCGCCGCUCCUGCUUUCCCGGGGCUCAGGGCUGCCUGCAGGCGCUGCUGCCGCCGCUCCGACCCUGGACCAAGAUGCGGCUGCAGGGCCGGCCUGCGGCGGUACAGGCGGGGCCGCAGGGGGCGGCCUGGGCGGCGGCGCGGGAGCUGGAGGAGACCACGCAGACAAGCUGAGCUUGUACAGCGAGACAGAUAGCGGCUAUGGCUCCUACACCCCAAGCCUCAAGUCCCCCAAUGGGGUUCGGGUGCUGCCCAUGGUGCCGGCGCCACCUGGCUCGUCGGCUGCCGCGGCCCGUGGUGCCGCCUGCUCGUCGCUGUCCUCGUCCUCAAGCUCCAUCACGUGCCCGCAGUGCCACCGCAGCGCCUCUUUGGACCACCGCGGUCUGCGCGGCUUCCAGCGCAACCGGCUGCUAGAAGCCAUCGUGCAACGGUACCAGCAGGGCCGCGGGGCCGCGCCCGGGGCCUCCGCUCCGGCGCCCGUGGCCAUCUGCCAGUUGUGUGACCGCACCCCGCCGGAGCCGGCCGCCACGCUCUGCGAGCAGUGCGACGUGCUGUACUGUGCUGCCUGCCAGCUCAAGUGCCAUCCAUCCCGGGGACCCUUCGCUAAGCAUCGCCUGGUGCAGCCGCCACCGCCUCCUGCCCCCGCCGAGGCUCCCUCGGCGUCCCCUGGCACGGCCCAGGGCGCCCCCAGCGGAGGCGGUGGCUGCAGGAGCCCCGGGGGCGCAGCGGCAGGGGGCAGUACAACCCGGAAGUUCCCCACGUGUCCCGAACACGAAAUGGAGAACUACAGUAUGUACUGUGUGAGCUGCCGAACCCCAGUGUGUUACCUGUGCCUGGAAGAGGGCCGGCACGGCAAGCACGAGGUGAAGCCCCUGGGGGCCAUGUGGAAACAGCACAAGGCACAACUAUCUCAGGCCUUAAAUGGAGUUUCAGAUAAGGCAAAAGAAGCUAAGGAGUUUCUCGUUCAGCUCAAGAACAUCCUGCAGCAGAUCCAGGAAAAUGGCCUGGACUAUGAAGCCUGCUUGGUGGCUCAGUGCGACGCUCUGGUUGAUGCUUUGACCCGGCAGAAAGCCAAGCUUCUCACCAAGGUGACUAAAGAGAGAGAGCACAAAAUGAAGAUGGUUUGGGACCAGAUCAAUCACUGCACAUUGAAGCUGCGCCAGUCCACAGGGCUGAUGGAGUACUGCCUGGAGGUGAUCAAGGAGAAUGAUGCCUCUGGGUUCCUACAGAUCUCAGAUGCUCUGAUCAAGCGUGUGCAGGUGUCUCAGGAACAGUGGGUCAAAGGAGCCCUGGAGCCCAAAGUGUCUGCAGAGUUCGACCUGACCUUGGACAGUGAGCCGCUGCUGCAGGCCAUCCACCAGCUGGACUUCAUUCAGAUGAAAUGUAGGGUGCCGCCCGUCCCCCUGCUGCAGCUCGAGAAGUGCUGCACCCGCAACAACAGUGUCACCCUGGCCUGGAGGAUGCCACCCUUCACCCACAGCCCUGUGGAUGGCUACAUCCUGGAGCUGGAUGACGGCGAUGGGGGCCAGUUCCGGGAAGUGUACGUUGGCAAGGAGACCCUGUGUACAAUUGAUGGUCUUCACUUCAACAGCACCUACAAUGCCAGGGUCAAAGCUUUCAACUCCUCUGGCGUUGGGCCUUACAGCAAAACUGUUGUCCUGCAGACAUCCGAUGUGGCCUGGUUCACAUUUGACCCCAACUCUGGGCACCGGGACAUCAUUUUAUCCAAUGACAACCAGACAGCCACCUGUAGCAGCUAUGAUGAUCGAGUGGUGCUAGGCACAGCUGCCUUCUCCAAGGGCGUGCACUACUGGGAGCUGCACGUGGACCGGUAUGACAACCACCCCGAUCCUGCCUUCGGAGUAGCCAGGGCCAGCGUGGUCAAGGACAUGAUGCUGGGCAAGGACGACAAGGCCUGGGCCAUGUACGUGGACAACAACCGCAGCUGGUUCAUGCACUGCAACUCCCACACGAACAGGACAGAAGGUGGUGUGUGCAAGGGGGCCACCGUUGGCGUGCUGCUGGACCUGAAUAAGCACACCCUGACCUUCUUUAUCAAUGGGCAGCAGCAGGGCCCCACAGCCUUCAGCCAUGUGGACGGUGUCUUCAUGCCAGCCCUCAGCCUCAAUCGCAAUGUGCAGGUCACCCUGCACACAGGAUUGGAAGUGCCAACAAACCUGGGGCGGCCAAAGCUGUCAGGCAAUUAGCCUCCCAGCUCCAGUUCUCCAGCCAGGCUUGUGAGCCCUGCUAUCCUCACUAAGCUCAAAUCACCCACGAGGGCAGGACGAGUGAGUCCUGGAUGCAACCCAGUAGUCACUGAACGUCAUAGAAACACAUUUUCUUUGGGGCACAGGGAAUAGGUUGGCAGGCUGUGCCUGUGGCUGCCACUAUCAAGUCCUAACCGUGGGUGUGUGUUUCACCUUCAUUCCACCUGGAUGUUACAAAUACUCAUAAAGAAGCACCUUUCUCAAGAAAGUGGGGAAUCACUUGGGUUUUAGGUUCAUGUUUCCUGCCAUCCAAGUUUCUGAAGCUUGUCUUUCUUUGGAGGCAGAAAGGAAGCUAGACUUUGAGAUGGGCAUCCUGAGAGCAGGAGUCAGGGAGCUGUGUGCAACCCCGCCCCUGAGUGCUAGACCCUUGCAGAUAUGCCCUUCCUCCUGGAGAGUCCCGCAGUUGCAGGUUCUGCUCUUUGCUAAGAAGAGGUAUCUUUUAGUUUUUCUGUCCUGGUGUCUUUAGUAAGAUGUGCCUGCCACUUAUAGAUUUGAUUUGGAAUUGUUAGAAUGGGACAUUAAUCACUCAUGCUUGAUUGUUGUUUCUCUCAUUGAACUAUUGAGAACUUUUUAAAAAUGGCUUUCUUAGGGGCUUUUAUUAAUCAAUCAACUGUUCACUGUCUCCCCUCCCUCUUCUCUCUCUCUCUCUCUCUCUCUCUCUCUCACACACACACACACACACACACACACACACACACAUAUGGGGAUGUGUGAAAGUCUGCUAAAA